AUGCAGGGCCAUGUGGCAGGGAGCUGGGCUCUGCUGGGCCUGCUUCUGGUCUAUUUUCAUCUCACAGGUCUAUUUGCCAGAAGCAUCAGUGCAGUGGAGAAGAAAGUCUCACAAGACAUGGAGACCAAUUUACCUCUGCUAGGACAACCUUCCUUGGCCAGGUCCUCUGACUCUGAACAUCCUCAGACCAAGGCAGAUGCUGGGUCUAAUGGCAUGGCAAAGGGUCACCUGAAGCCCAUGAUGUCUCUAUCUGAUGGCUCUCAGGCUGCAGGAGGUCCUGGGGUGCAGAAUUGGCCUUCAUCCGAGGGGCUGCCUUCUGUGGACUCCUGGCCCCCUCGGGGUUCUUGGCCGUUGAUGGCUGCUGCAGUUGAGGACCAUCCUGGGGACUUGCUGCCAGAAAGACUUGCUGCCCUCCCUAUGAGCAGUGGCCCUUUGCGUGAAGGUCCUUCCGCAUACUCUGCAGGCGCCUCCCCAGGUGCUUCCCUCCUCCACCAGGACUCUGGGCCUAGACAGCCAUGUUGUUCUAAUCUCCUGGGAGCCCUAGGGGAAAUCCCUUCCCAGCACCCACCCUGGUCUCUCAUUAACAGGAUCCGUCAACCACUUCUGCCUGGUCACCCCUGGGGGACCCUGAUUCCCAGUGUGUCUUGGGGAAGUGGGCGUCCUGGAACUGGCUGGGGGACAAGGCCCAUGCCACCAUCCUAUGCAGGAAGCUGGGGUGACAAUAAUCAAUACCCAGGCACCAGCUGGGGGAAUAUCAAUCGAUACCCAGGUGGCAGCUGGGGGAAUAUUAUUAGGUAUCCAGGGGCCACCUGGGGGAAUAUUCACCCAUUCCCAGGUACCAGUAAUCAAUUUCCUCCCAGAAUUCUCCGUCCUCCUGGCUCUUCUUGGAACAUUCCGACUGGCUUCCCCAAUUCUCAUGAUGCUGGGUCACAAUGGAGUUAG